CUAACAGGAUACGAAUUCAUUAUUUAAAUGGAGAAGCGGACAAGAACGGGGAUUAUUUUCCGUCCACAAAUACUAAAAGAGAUAGGAGCGGGGAAGCAUUCCCUCCUUGGCACGUCAUUGUUUGUGAAUGAAAUCGUGAAUUCCGCCGGAGAUGAAGAAUUGGAGCCAAAAGAAAACCCAUUCGACAACCUGGGCACCAAUUCGCAAAAGCAUCAUGCCGGCGCCAGAAACGACGAGAAUAGCUCUGGUUGUAUAUAUAAUAUUAAUAUGCGUAGACAUUUGAUCCUCCUCCGAUGUCGAUCUUCUCUGACCAUAGAGCAGCGGUUCCAACUGGUUCAGCAAGACUCUUAGAAACUUCAUUUGUGAAGGUGGGGCGACGUCGUGGAUUGGCAUGAAGAAGAAAUCCGAUAGGUCGAGAGGGACGAAGUUGACUCACUCUUCUGCAUAUUUAUCUCUAUGUAUGAAGAUGAAGAUGUAUUGGCUUUGCAUUGGAUACAAAACUAGUUAGUUUCGAUCAUUGAUAUAUGUUUUUUAUAAGGGUUGUGUGGUGUUUUUUUUUUGGACUGUUCAAAUAAUCGGUUAUGCAAUUAUGUUA